AUGGCAUCCCAAUCGCAUCUCGGCAGCGCCGCUGUUGCCGCCAACAUCAACAUCCCUUACAGCACGCCAAGCACUCCUCAUCCUCAGCACCAGGUCGGAUGGAUUGGUUUGGGAAACAUGGGGGUCAAGAUGGCUGCCAACCUGGCCAAGCACAUGCGCGAAAUGUCGCCGCCUCUGCCUCCCCUCCUCGUGUACAACCGCACCACAUCCAAGGCGCAGGCUCUCGAGAAGGAGCUUGACGGCCUCGCCAAGGCUGUCGACUCGGUCGAGGCGAUCGGUUCACGCUGCGAUCUCAUCUUCACCAGCUUGUCGGACGACGAAGCAGCCGAGCAGAUCUACGACGAGCUCCUGCAGGCCGAGGAGAAGCGUGUGGGUAAGCAUACGCAGGAACGCAUCUCGAGCGGCUUCUCUACGCUUCUUAUCGACACGAGCACGCUCUACCCGGCCACGACGGGUAAGCUCGAACGCAAGAUCUCGGCGCUCCCCAAACGUCAUUUCGUCGCCGCACCCGCCUUCGGCCCGCCUCCCAUGGCGGCCGACGCCAAACUCGUCUUUGCCGUAGCAGGUCCGUACAACUCGAAGAAGUUUGCCUCCCAGUUCCUCGUCCCCGCCAUGGGCCGCAAAAUCAUGGACUUCGGCUCCAACCCGGAACGCGCCGCCAGCUUCAAACUCAUCGGCAACUCGAUCAUCGUCUCCACGAUCGAGAUGCUCUCGGAAACCAUGACGCUCGCCGACAAGACGGGCGUGGGCAGCGAUCGAGUCUUUGAGUGGCUCCAAGAGUUUUACCCCGCCCCUUCGGCGUUGGGUUAUGGCAAGAAGAUCCUGGAAAGCAACUUCAAGGGUGAGAACGGCUUCACGCUCGAUGGCGGUAUCAAGGAUGCCUCGCACAUUAUCAAGUUGGGUGAGUCGGUCGACUGUCCUCUACCGAUCAUCGAGCUGGCUCGACAGCACAUGGUCUCGGCGAGAGCUAUCGGUGGUGCUAAUCUGGACUGGAGCUCGCUCAGUGCCGGGUUCAGGGUCACCGCCGGUGUGGAGCCGUUUGAGAAGAAGGAGAUGCUGAAAAAAUGGGCUCAGUCGGAACACAAGCCCUCGUCCUAG